AUGCUAGAAAUGUAUCCUUAUCUUGAAGUAGGAAAGCAACUUUGUCAUUCACAUUAUUGUAGUAUAGUGGAACCUAACCGUGGGCAAUAUAAGCGAAAGAGAAUAAAAAACCAGGAAUGUAGUAGAGAAAGUAGUAGGAAAAGAGUUAACCAUAUUGAAGAAACUAGGGAAGGAGCCUUAAUAAAUGAUCCAACAUUUGCAUCAAAUGUAAAAACCCUAACGAGUGUGUUGUAUAAUAAGCAACGUCGGGAGUCUUCUAAUUUGGAAUUGGAUCCAACACAAUUUCAGCAUAUGAUUGAAGAAGCAAAUCCUGAACUUAAAGGAUUCUUUCCUUUAAUGGUAAAUACAAUUAUUCCAAGAGAUCGAUCAGCUCAUAAUAAAUUGGAGGCUAAAAAAUCAAUUGUAGCAUUAUGUUACAUAAUUGCUGGUUUACGUAACAAAUUUGUCAACCAGUUUAAAAUAGAAGUCGGGUUAUAUCUAGCAGCAUCAGGAGCUACUUGGGAAGCUAUUGAUACAAUGUCAAGUCUCGGAUUCUCAGCAUGUGGUAAGACAGUUGCAGAUUUUCAAAAAAAAAUUCAAACAAACCAUACACUUAAAAUUGAGAAUCAUUUUUCAGAAAAGGGGAAUUGCUUACACAUUUACAAUGUAGAUGAUUACCAUGCUAUUCAUGAAAAAAGAAGGCCAGAUACAGUAUCAACGUCAGUGGCAAAACAUUUCACUACUUGUGUCGCAAAACCCGUUGUAGAAUGUCUUGCAGUACCACUUACAUUUAAUGGUAUAUCUAUUCACAAUCCAAAUAAUAUUGAAGCUCCAAGGAUUUGUUGGUAUUUACUCAACAAAUAUACUGGGAUAUUUGAUGUUUCAUAUACAAAUCUUCAAGAACAUCAAGGUAUUAAUACUUUUGAUCGUAUUGAACUUUUAACAGUUCAUAUUUAUGAUGAUGCUAUUGCAGAACGAAAGGAAGAGAGGUCAAUGAACGGGCUACAAUUAAUUGGUCUUAAAGAACAGAAUUUGCAUUCAAUGCAGGAUUAUUUAAAAGCAUUACAAAUAAUUUUAGCUAUAAAUAAAAAAACAAAGCAUUUAGAAAACCAAGUUGCACCAAUUGUUGCAGAUUGGCCUGGACAACUGUUUAUUAGAAAAGCAUUAACACAUUUGCAUAUGUCAGGAUUACAAUCUGCUAUUCCACAAGAAAUUAAAUCAUUUAUACCAAUGUUAGGACCACUUCAUCUUUCUCUUAAUAGUAGAGAACAUGUUAUGAUAAUUUAUUAUUCUUUUUUUGAACAAAUGUUUCAUUUUGUAUUUGGUGAACGUAAAAAACUAGCCAAAAAACCUAAACCAUGGCGAAUAAACCUUCUUCUAGAACUUGCACGAAGUGGUUGGCUUAAAAUUAAAAAUAAAAUUAUGCAAAAAUUUGAUUCAACAUGCAAGGAUGUUGAAUAUCGAACAGCAAUUGAUUUAUUGGAUAAUUUAAUUCCCGCUACACUUGAUGUUUAUGCAAUUUUAUUUAGGUCUGGUUCAUUUGAAAAAUAUGUAGAAACUGUAUUUCGCAUCUGGACCUUUGCAUUACGAUGGAAAAGAAAAAAUUACAAUAAAGCUCCUCUUGUAUUCUUAUCAGAUCUAUUCUAUUGGCAGGAUACCCAUCAUCCAUUUGCUGAUGCGAUCGAAAAAUACCUAUCAUGUUUUAAUGAUUAUUAUGUUGAAAAUGCUCAUAGUCGAAUAAGAGCAAAUACAUCAUCAAAUGCAACCGUUGAAAACAUUAUAAAACAGGCCUAUGUUAUUGCAGACCAUGAUCCAAUAUUUAAAGAUACAUAUUGUAAAACUCGUCAUUAUCCAUAUAGCCCAUCUAAACUCGAUUUUCUAUCAGAUAAAACAAGCCUUUUUCUGUUAAAAUACUUUCACAAUAUAUUUUGCAAUCAAAACAAUAGUAUUCCGGUAUAUAGCAAUGGAAAAAAAAAGAAACUAAAGGGGUAUAAACUAGCUACCUUAGGAAAAGAAAUAGAUUUGCGCCAUUUACCAACAGCAUACAGCACAUCACAUCCACCACAACUAGGAUUAUGUGACUAUUGUAAACUUCAAAUGAAUGAUGAUAGUGUAGUACUUGUCUGUGGCCAUGGUUAUCAUUCAGCUUGCUAUGAUAAGAGGUGUGUUUAUUGUGAAAAUUUUUAUAAAAACGGUAUCUAUGAAAAUGUAAAUGCAUUUUUAAAAAGGAUUGAAAAAGGAACAGAUAUGCUUACACAGGAUGAUCUAGAUAAUGAAAUUAUUGAAGAUGAGGAAGAAGGGACGGAGGAGACAGAUUGUGAACAGACAGAUAUAUCUGCCGCAUUAGCACUAGCAAUUAACAAUAUAAAUUACUGGUAA